AGUCAUAACUAAGGCGGGAGUGUGUCGUGUCGGGGUCACUGCCAAGCGGACACAUCGCUGGAUCAGACAAACCUGCUCAGCUAGUUUGGCGAGGAUAGUAUUAGUGGCUCUGAGUUGUAAGCGCGUGUGAGGUGUGAGGAGGGACGUGCCGCAGAUAAAUCGGUUUGUUUACCUGAGCGCCGAGCAGUGCCCUGUUGAGAGUACAUACAUUUGGAGGAGACAUGAGCGACACGGACAUGAGCACCGACUCGCUGGAGGACUGCGGGGUGGACCUGCAGUUCGGGGACCAGACGCUUGACAACCUGGCCGGCUCCCUGCUUGCUUGCACGGAUGAACUCUUGGACGGGAAGAACUGUGAUCCCAACGAACACGAUCAAGAUUCUUCAGCUGAGGUGGAGAACGUAGAGAAGCCAGGAGGCGACGAUGAGAAGGCGGGAGACCAUGACGAUGACAAUGACAAAGGGAGUGGCGAUGAUGAAGUUGGUGGAGAUGAUAAUGAUGAUGAUGAUGAUGAUGCAGAUAAGGACAAAGAUGAUAGCAGCAGCGACAGUGAUAGCAGUGACAGUGACGAUAGUGAUAGCAGUGACAGUGAGACCAGUGAUGACAGCGAGAGUGGCAGCGAGGGCGAGAAAAAGGGAGGUCAAGAGGAAGAAAACCCUGCAGCCGUUGUUGAGCGUGAAGCGGAAGGCGGAGGGAAGGACAGAGACAGAGGCCGCAGGGAGGUGAUGUCGGAAGAAAAUGAGGAUGGAGAAGAUGAAAAAGAGGGAACGCAGCACAAUGAUGUAAUGGAAAACGAACUUGAGGAGACUUGCCCCCUUGAUCUUUCCCGGCGGCGGGUCUCCUCACACACGCCCACUGCUCCUGCUGAACCUCUGGCUACAGGGACCGUCCGAAAGAACAACACCAUAAACAUCAGCAGUGAGAGGGAUCGUAGAGGAAACCCAAGGAGUUAUCUGUACAAGGUCAAAACUGAGAACCUGAGUGAGGCUGAGGAAAACAACACCGACAGUGCCCAGGAUGAGGCGGCGCCGCAGGGGAGGCAGGCCAACGACAAGGAGCAGAACGAGGAUGCGUCUGUGUCCCUCGGCUACUCGGAGUCACUGGACGAGAUGUUGCUCCAGCACGGGGAGUUCCCAGCCGCGCCCCUGUCCCCACACUCCUUCAGGUACCACAACGGAACCAGCCCACUGCACCAGCCGCGCGCCCGCAAACGUUACCGUCGGAGCCCGGUUGCCACGCCGACACCCCGCGGCCUCGGCAACCAGCACCAGCAUCAUCAUCAGCACGGGUCCCCAGCCUCCCUGCCGUCUGUGGUGUCCUGGAGAACCGGUGGCGGCGGCGAGUCUCAGUGUUCAUCCGGCAAUCUCGCGGCCGUGGAGAGCAUGCUGCAGGCUAUCAAGAAGGAGUGUCUUCCUGCCACUCAUCACAACCCGACUCGCUGGUCCCCUGGCGCGCUCUGCCUCCCUCCUGAAGCACACCACCCACCCCGCCCAGCUCACCACCCAGCAGAAGUUCACCCGUCAGGCAGAUCCUUCAGUCGACCACCCAUUGCCCACCAGCCACCGCCCAAAGCCCAUCAGCAGGCACCCAGAGCAUACCAGGAACCACCCACCGCCCACCAGCACCCGCCCACCCCCCUCUGGCAGCUACCCUCCUCUCACUACCGGCAGAGUCAACGCAGCUGCUCGCCAAAGGUGGACGUGACUGAAGGAAGAAGGACGGAAACAGGCGGCGGCCGCAUAGACAGAUGCGGGUGGUCUCCGCGCCGUGCUGUAAUCAACAACGUGGUCAUGAAUCUCAACACGUGUGUCUUCCGCUCACACCCGCUGUUCCCGCUGCUCCGUGACCUGGCGGUGGUGGACCAUUACUACGACAAGGCGGCCUUCAACUUGGCUCCCCUCCUCUCCUUCCUGCCCCAAAACACGGAGGAGAUGGUGGCCCUCUACCUGCGAAGGAACCCUCAGGCAGCACUUGACCCCCGCGAGGACCUAUACAGCCCCGCGGUGGACGGCGUGGUGCUGGACGCGGUGGCCUACACACACCGCUCUCUGCUGGAGAAAGUAAAGUCUGCGCAGAGAACCUCCGCGACUAAAGACUGGGCCAAGGAAGGGCAGAGAGAAGGCUCGGGAGUGGAGAAAAUGUACGACCGAUACGUUAGUGUUCUCCGCUCCUCCACGCCCAUCCCGCCCACCAUGACGGAUGAGCGCAGCGAGGCUGGCGGGAGGGAUGCAGUCGCCGCCCACAGCCACAACCGCGACUGCAAUCUCGGAAAGGACCUCUGCAUGUCACUCGACUCAAUCGCGCAGCUAGACACCCAACUAGCGCCUCUGUCCCCAAUCCCAGACACCAGCCUCGCCCUCACCCUCCACUCCCUCUCCGCCUCGUACAGCUCCAACGCCUCCCUCUACAGCGGCGGCCUUCAGAGCACCACCCUCGCCACCAGCAUCUCCUCCACCACGCCGCACAGCUACUCCCACACGGACGGUCGGCGGCGGACCCCUAACACGCACCACAGCAGGGAGGCCCGCGACGUGUUGCAGGCGUGGCUCAAGGACCACCAGCAUUACCCCUAUCCCGACGACUACCAAAAGAGCGUCCUCGUGCGGCGGACGGGGCUCACGGCGCAGCAAGUGACGCAAUGGCUUUCCAACGCCCGCCGCCGGCACCUCCCUAGGCUGAGGGCGGGCCAGGCCAUGCAGUGACCGAACAGCGGCGUGGCGCAAAGUUAACUGGGACAAAGCGAGGACUUAAUUAACCGUAACCAGACCAGAGGAUGCAAUAGGAAAGAGUACAGUGGAAAGAAGGCUGUUCUAGAGUGUACCACUGAAAAGGAUGAGGGACUGAGGAUAAUGCUUAACUCUUGCAACAGGAAGUGGGACAGCAUAGGAAUGACUGUGGGUAAAAGGUUUUGUGUAGCGAGGUCGAGGGAAGGGUAGGGAGGGGGGAGCGGUAUGCACGUACCUAGAGAGCAAAGUAAAUGCUUUUGAAUUAGUGUAUCGAGGGUCCUUUUUAAAAGCUGAAGUAAAUUACCUUUCAUGCUCUUGUUAAAAAUUGAUCUCGUGUAAAAGUGGAGCCCUUCCCCAUGACAAUGAUGUGUCCUGUUGAAAGAGAUGUUAAAAAAAAACCCUAAACUGUAGUAGAAUCUAUAUCAGAGUCGUCACCUAAAAUUGUUUUAAAAUAAUUUUUCCAUACGAGUUUAUGUGGUAACUGAGACCGGGCUAAAGGAACUGCCCAAGGAAAGUUAAGGCCUUUGUGCAAGUUGCUACACAGUGAAGAACUCUGUGCAGGUUAUUCUCAUUUCUUGAAUUCUUGAAAACUAUAUGACUGUUCAGCUUUCAAGUGUUUCAAGAAAUAUACGAGAACUGAUCCACGUAUGUUCUGGCGAAUAGACUUAUAAUAUUGACAACAGCAUGACUCAAGUGAGCAAACCCAAAAUCACUGUACGUUUGACCAGGUAUAAGGGGAACUUAAAUAAAGAUAAAUUUUGUGUGGUA